AUGGCGAAUUCCUUUGGCAUGGAUAUAACCGGGGGGCAGAAUUCUACAGGUGCGGAUUUGUGGUUCAGACUAUAUGUGGCCAAGGAUAAAGCAUUCAACGUGCAAAAUGCGACCCAUGAAGAAUAUGACCAACUAUUUCGCCGCGCAGUACAGGAGUAUACGGGUCUCAUGAAUGCCGAGAAUCCUGACCUCUCGGAAUUCAAAAAGGCGGGGGGAAACUCAUCUCAUAUCACGGCAUGUUCGGAGCACUAUUAUCGUGCAGUGAGCAAAGAGAUGCCGGAUGUACAGGACUUCUAUCGCUACUUCGAGGCACCGGGCUUGGGCCAUUGCUCGGGGGGGCUUGGGGGGCAGCCGCUCACAACAUUUGACGUUGCGUUUGGGUGA